GACGGUUACCUUAUCGUGAGGUUACGGCGACUGUGAUAGUGUGAUAUUGCUAUUUGCUAUGAAAACGUGUAAAGUAAAUUGUGAUGACAAGUGAUGUGACAUUUUUCUGGAUUUGCAUUAUUUGCGUAAUCCUGAUUUCCUUUAAACUGUUUUUCUUUAUUAGAAAUAUGUACCACUUAGGGAGACCCUAUCUCAGAUGGUGAUUACAGAUUCUGUUUGAAAUAUGACAUUGAUAAUAGGAGGAGGUAUAAGUGGUCUGUCAGCGGCAUACUACCUUCUUAAACACUCCAAAAAGGCGGUUGUCACUGAAGCCGGGAAAGCGGUUGGAGGUUGGAUACAGAGCGUCAGAGAUGAAAAGACUGGACUUAUUUAUGAAAAAGGCCCGAGAACGUUGCGGAUAAAGGGCAACGUCGGUGCUAACACCCUUUCUCUCAUCGAGGAGAUCGGCUUGGGUGAGAAGGUUAGAGCGAUAACUGCAGACAGACCUUCGUCAAAGAACAAGUUGAUCUAUGUCAACGGCAGUCUACAUUAUUUGCCGACUGAGUUUUCUGCCUUCUUCAAAAAGGUAUCCCCAUUUUCCAAACCGCUCAUUACUGCCCUUUUGAGAGAUCUUUUUGUUAAAAAAGUGCCCAAAGAGGAUGAAAGCGUCCAUAGCUUUGUCGAGAGGAGAUUCGGCUCAGAAAUCGCCGAUUAUCUGACAAGCUCGAUGCUUUGUGGGAUUUGUGCCGGUAAUUCAAAAGAGAUCAGUGUCAAGUUUUUGAUGCCGUAUUUGUUUGAUUUAGAACAGAAAUACGGUUCAGUUGGAGUGGGUUUCAUUAAAGAAACGCUGAACAAAAAGCCAAAACCGAAAGUCGAAGAAUUCCCUGGUCAACUGGGUAAAAAAUCAAAAGAAGAAAAUUGGGUUAUUUUUGGCUUAGAGGGCGGGCUUAACACUUUUCCCAAAAAGUUAUCAGAAAAGGUUCUUGAAAAAGGAGGAGAUAUUUUGUUAGAUUCUGAAGUGACAAAGUUGACUCUGAACAAAAAUAGUGUAACAUAUGAAUUAAAUGGAAAAAUUGACGAAUGCGGUCAUGUGAUAAGCAGUUUGCCGACUACCAAGCUGGCGCCAUUGCUCCAACAUCAGCACCCUUGGCUCUCAGAACAGCUGUCGUCGAUUGAGUAUGUAAGCGUCGCAGUGGUGAACGUUGCUUACAAAGGGCAUGUCCUUAAAUACAACGCUUUCGGGUAUUUGAUCCCUCCUUCUCAGGAAUUACCGGUUCUCGGGGCUGUUUUUGACAGCUGUAAUCUGCCCCAGGGCGAUUGGACUGUUCUCACCCUCAUGAUGGGCGGCUACUGGUAUGACAAGUUUUUCGGAAAGGAAUCGUCUCCAGAGUUCUUUUUAGAAACAGCUUUGAAAUACAAUGAAAAGAUUCUUGAUAUCAAGGAGAAACCAGAGUCCUACCAUUGCCAACUGAUGAAAGAAGCCAUACCACAGUAUGUGAUUGGGCAUCAUGAAAAAGUCAAUAAGAUGUUAAAUUACGUUAGAGACAAAUGUUUACCUAUUUCACUAAUUGGGUCAGCUUUUAAAGGUAUCGGUGUUAAUGAUGUGAUCUUGUCAGCAAAAGCCGCUGUCGAUAAUAUAGUCAGAUAAAUAAGUUUUAUUUUAGAAGUUUUUGUUCUCAAAUUAAAUAGAGGUUUGCUAGUAUUUUGAGGUGGCUUGAUUCAAGUUUUACAUAAUACAUAAUAAAUUCAUUUAAUUCAAAAGUUUAAACACUGUUAAUAUCUUUAAAUUAU